CGCCGCCGCCGCCGCCUGGGGCCUCGGCCGGCUCGGGCUGCCCGCCGCGCUGCCUGCGCCGACGACCGACGGGGACGCGAGAGGAGUCCUUCAGGCUGCAAGGCCGGGUAGAGCCCAGCCCAUUGCCCCAUCACGGAUGCUGGAGGCCCCGCCCCUGCUGCUGGCAGCUGGCGCCCUUGGCCUGGUGCUGCUGGCGCUGCUGUGGCUGCUGCAGGCCUUGCGACUCUGGGGCCUGUUCAUCAUUGGCUGGAACGAGCUUGUCCUGCACCCCGUCCGCAACUUCCUCAUGGGCAACAGCAAGGAGCAGCGCAUUCUGCGCCAUGUGCUGCAGCACGCGGUGGCCGGGGACCCGCAGAGCGUGCUGGACACCAUCGACGCCUACUGCUCACAGAAGGAGUGGGCUAUGAACGUGGGCGACAAGAAAGGCCAGAUCGUGGACGCCGUGUUGAGGGAGCAGCGUCCCUCGGUGCUGCUGGAGCUGGGUGCCUACUGUGGCUACUCGGCCGUGCGAAUGGCCCGCCUGCUGCUGCCCGGCGCCCGGCUGCUCACCAUUGAGCUUAACCCUGACUACGCCGCCAUCACCCAGCAGAUGGUGGACUUCGCAGGCCUGCAGGACAGGGUGACCGUUGUCGUCGGGGCAUCCGAGGACAUCAUCCCCCAGCUGAAGAAGAAAUAUGACGUGGACAUUGUGGACAUGGUCUUCCUCGAUCACUGGAAGGACCGGUACCUGCCAGACACGCUCCUCCUGGAGGAGUGUGGCCUGCUGCGGAAGGGGACAGUGUUGCUGGCCGACAACGUCAUCUGCCCAGGGACACCAGAGUUCCUGGAGUACGUGCGUGGGAGCAGCCGCUUCGAGUGCACGCACUUCAGCUCGUACCUUGAGUACUCGCAGGUGGUGGACGGCCUGGAGAAGGUCGUCUACAAGGGCCCGGGCAGCCCUGCGCAGCCUUGACCGCCCACCCUGCCCCAGCUCCCUGGCCAAGCCGGAUUCUGAAGGGUGUGGUGGCCCUACUCCCAGCUGCCCCAUGUCUGCUAUGUGUGCGUCUGUCCUCAGUGCAACACCAUCAAGGCCUGCGAGGCCCAGGCCUGCCUGUGCUGGCCCCUGCAUGUGGGUCCACCCCAAGCGCGACCAGCUCACCUUGCAAAAUCACUGCAGUAAAUCUGGAAAGUAUCUAACUGUAAAGGCCAGCUCAGGCAGGUGGAGUCCAUGACAGUGUCACACCCCCACCCCCGCCCCCACCCCCCAGCAUUCCAGUCAGGCUUCUGAGCCUGCCCUUGAAGUCUGCUGUCACCAGGUGGCAGCAAUGCCUCAGUGAUGGCACCAUAACCAACAACUCACCCCACACUUCUGACUCCUCUGAGUUCUUUCACUUUUUAAGAAUGUAAUGCAACUUCUUUACUAAAAUCAUCUGUUAACAAUCUUAUAUACCAAUAUCAUGUUUAAAAGAUAGUAAAAUAGAAAUUAAAGAUCUAAAUAUUUAGGUAAGA